UUGUAAUGCAAUUUUGACGGCGUUCACUAUUCAGUUCGAUGCGAGAAGCCAUCUUAAGUCUAUAAAUUCAUUUGUUAAUAUUGCAACGCAUAAAAAGUAAAGUUUUUUUUCGUAUACAAAAAUCAAUUUCAAUCCGUUUUGUUUUUUCUUUUGUUCUUCAUUUUAUUUCUAUUUACUUCGAUAUUGUACGUUCACAUUUAUUACGUAUUCUAUCGAAAUAAAAUAUCAGAAAGAAAACACAAAUUCACAAAAAAAAAUUUCAAAUCCCUGAAUACGCACACCAGUACAUUUACAUAGUUUGAACGUGAAAAUAGAGAACAAAAAUCGAAAGGAUAUUUUGUGUCAACGUAUUACAUCCAAGAGUUUGAAUCAUCGUUUUUUUUUGUACUCUCUGUUGAAAGUCAAUUCUAGCUGAUUCCAUCAAUUCAAUCAAAACAAAAUGAGCGCCAAUCAACCAGAAGAAUCGUCAUCAUUUGCAGCACCUGAACCAGUUCCGAAUGCUGUAGAAAUUGAGAAAAUUGAAGAGGAAAAGCUCAAAGCAAAGUAUGCAGUUGGUGGUGGUGCUGGACCAGGCUUAGGACGACCAGGCGGUCAUUCGGCAUUUCUGCAAAAGCGUCUAUUGCAAAAAGGAAAAGGUCAAAAAUACUUUGAUUCGGGUGACUAUCAAAUGGCGAAGCAAAAAGGUGGCGGCACAAAAUCAUUGUUUGCCAAUAAACCAAUCGGUGAAGCGAUCCCAACACCAGAAACAGUUCCUGCAAGAAAAACUUCAAUUAUUCAACAGCCAUGUAACAAAUUUCAAACAUCCAGUUAAAACAAACGAAUAAACUCAAAUUAAAACAACAACAGCAGCAGCAACAACAAUAAUAACAACAACAAAAUUGAAAAUUAACCGAAAAGUUUGAAGAAAAAAAAAAUAUUCGGAGGGAAAUAAAAACGAAAUAAGCAAAUCAAAUAACCGUUAAAAUGUUAAGAUAGAGAGAAGAAACACUUUAAGAAAAAGACAUCAAAUGAAAUGUAAGCGAGUUACUAUCGCGUUUGUAAGACAACAUACUAAUGUGUCAUAAGAAAUAAAUGUGUAUUAUUGUCUAUAAUUACGAUUAAACUACAUUCAUAGCUA